AUGGCUGAUAAAAGACACCGUAGCCACCUUAGGCCUAGAUCGCCUUCCAGGACGAGGGCAGGCCCUCGUCCGAGUACGGCUAGACCUCAUCCCGUAAGACCUCAUACCGCGUACCCAGAUGUCUGGAUGGCUGACAGCGAUCCGUACCACCAAAGCCGGGUUAAUAUCUUCAGAAAGCGCAGGGACUCGAUUGCUUCAAGUUCGCGAAGUCGGCCUGGGACACCAAUUAGGCACGACACCGCUAAACCAAGUAUGCGUAUCGAAAAACAUAGGUCCAUGUCUACUACUAGCAAACCGCCAAUGUCAGACUUUCUAGAGAGAGAUUGGCGGAAAAGUACACCGUGGGCAAGAGAUAAAGAGGAGCGACUUAGGUCGUCUCUAAGCCCUUCUGUCGAUACACCCACAUCUUCUGACACAUGUAUGUCCCCGGUAGAGCUACAAGAUGAGCUUGACCGUUAUAGUCUACAGAGCCGAUAUCUUCUUACUAAGAAUGAAUGGGUGUCUCCCCCUGAACCACGUGGCAGGACCAGACGUAUGGACCCCAAGGAAUUCAACCAAGAGCGUGUGAAGGCGCUCAAACGCUGGAACACGGUCCAAGGUUUUAUGUAUGGCAUGCAUUCGUCGACACUUCGAACCACUGACGCUAAACAGCCCCGAGAUGCAUAUCUUCCCGGCGUUAUCUUCAGCGCCCCUCUUCACACGGCAGUAAGUGCGGACGAGUUGCACGUUCCAACUGACGACCCCAACUUAACAGCAACCCCAUUCGGUACGUUAAAUUCCAAGUUCCGCAAGAUGAUUGUUUAUCGUGUGUUUGGUGAGCACCUUCAAUGCUUGCCGAUUUAUACCCACAAUGGCCGAGGACUGGAAGGAAAGGAGUUCCCCAAAGAGUUUGUAAGUAUUCGUGAUCUAGACGAAUCAUUCCCGGAGCCGUACGAAGGCCCAUACAUAGGAGUCUGCGCCCGUCGGUACAAUGAAUACAAAGGAACAUUUAUUAAGGGUAAGGCGGUUGUUAAGCUGACCGAAUUAUACACACAUCGAUACGAAGCCCCAGCGACUAUCGAAGGUAGGGUCGACACCCACAACAACUCCAGAGAAAGGUUGUUUGACUUAGUUAAGUACAAAAGUAGGUAG